AUGGCGUACAACCAGCCUGAACUCGACUUGGACAACUACUAUGGCGCUGGAAGGCCCGUAGACGACGCUGGACGAUCUAUCAAUGUCAUGAUCAAGGGUCACGUUGGUGAGGAGCUACAGAUGAUCGUUCUGAGACGGCGCCUUGCCGGUCCGCUUAUACUCUCUCAAUGCAACGACCUUGAGCGUAUCGGUUCCCCCACCUCCAUACGUCCUGUGCAGGAAGGGAGGGCAGAUACCUUCAGAUACCAUCUGCUACGGUCACAUAUAGAGAACUUUCCAAGUGACAACCACUACAACCUCGAGCGAGAUUAUUUCAACAAUAUGUGUCCAGAUAUAGCAAAGCGGUUUACGAUCUAUGGAAAGAUCGGAAGAGGUACCUUCGGUCGAGUAUAUGCCGCUAGGGAGAUGAGUCGACCAGCAGCGGCCACGGGAUUUAGAUUUUCCACGGGUUGUGACUGGGAUUAUGGGUACCGAAGGGCCAGCAUGGCUGCGUUGAUUGAGCCUAGUGAUCCGAGGGCAAGGGCCUACGCACCUAAACCGCCACGUCAAUUCGCUAUCAAAAUGGAACUGCAAUGCCCAUUAUCGAUACACGGGUUCGCUAGGGCUCAAACGUGUGAAUAUCGAGAAGUUUAUACUGGAGAGCAACGUUUCCUGCCAGUAGAAGCAGUUGUUCUUGAGCUCCUCACGGAAUGCGAAAGAUUCCCAAAGAUCGAUUCGGUAUAUAUCCAUAAGGAGUUUGCGUCAAUAGUCAUGUCCGCUAGCAGCCUGGAUGAUGAUCCUUUAAGAGAAACGCUGUUACUUGAGCCGGGGACCAUUCCGACCCAACAUUUCCCUGGGUAUAAUGGAGAACAGUUGACACAUUUGAAACAGACGAGAGUCACCGAGAUCCAAGCUUGUAAGAUUGCCUCUAAUAUCCUCGAGGCACUUGUUUACCUUAUGGAUAUGAAAAUGUUGCAUGGAGACUUAAGCCAUCGGAAUUACUUGGUGGAUAAGAAUCUUAACACCCAGCUUAUUGACUUCGGGGCGGUGUACGUGUCUGAAAAUAAUGGAUGGGAAGCGGAACGGUAUGGCUAUAUCGAGGCAUUCGAAUACUUUGUUAACCCAGAAAUAGCCUUGCAGCUUGCGACGGAUGAUCUCCAGAAUCCGAUACACACCAUUGCAGAACGACAUAUACCCUUAAGCCACGACCGGCGGGUACAAUAUCUCUGGAAAUUUGGAGUUCUGGUUUAUGAUCUGCUUCAUGGGUAUUGUCCGUGGGAAACACCGGAACCUCAAGCAAACAAAGGGGACAUCAAGACGCUGUAUGCGUGGGAUGACUAUGACGAGGAGAAGUUCCUUUAUCUCUACGACAGAAGGUUGCGAAUAAUGAACGAGGAGUUGCCAAUAGACGAACGGCUAUCGCAAGAUUGCGUGGACGCACUAAGGCAUUUGCUAGCAAGGGAUGUGUCUGACCGUAUGGAUAUGGCUGAGUUGCAGAGACUACCUUGGUUCCAGGGGCAUUGGGUCGACCGUGCUUCAGAAAUGCAGAGACCACAAAGAAAAGAGGCAUGA